UGAAAACAGACAACACGAGCGGCACGUGUGGCAUGAUGGCGGCGGCGGCCUGCAGAGAGAUGGUCGGUGUCGGUGAGUCCAGCAGCAGCGAUGAAGAGGAGGUGCUGAGGAGGUGCCAGGAGGCGGUUUGGGAAAAUAAACCCGACACAAAGAAAGAUGGCGACACCAGUGUGCAGCAGUCAAAGCGAGUCGUCGUCGCUGACCACGAACACGAUGGAAACGAGCUCCAGGUCACCGCCGGGUUUCGAACGCACGUCGCUAAAAAGUUAGGAAAUCUUCUGGACAGUUUCAUUACAGAGACGGAAACUUCAUCCUGCGUGGAAACUAAAUGUGAUGAUGACGACGAUGAAGGCUUUCGUCUGUUUUCCACGUCCGUCCCCGGACAGGCCGCCGCCGUCGAUCUUCCCGCUCCUCCGCGGCGUCGGCCCGUUCCCAGCUCAAGCGACAGCGACAGCGAGAUGGAAACGAGGCUGAAGGAGGCGGCGGUGUCCAUCAAAGAUCUCUUACCCUCGCUGUCGUCCACGCUCCCGACCCCGGUGGCAGAACCCCCCCACUCGGAGGUAACGAAGAAGAAAAAGAAGAAGAAGAAGAAGAAACCGGCGGAGGAAGAGGAGAGCGCCGUUGCGGAGAAGACGAAAAAGAGGAAACCGGAUGAAGAAGACUCUGUCGGUUCUCCGAAAGCUCAAAUCAACGGCGAGCAGCAACACGUACGAGUCAAAGUGAAGAAGAAAAAGAGGCGGGAAGGAAACUCGGAGGAAGAAACUUUGAACUGAACUUUCAUUAUUUUCCCGUCUGACACAAACUUUAAAUGUUUGGAUGCUGAUUUAUUUUAGGAAGCUGUUAGUUUACACCUGAUAUUAACAUCUGCUUCCACUUCUGAUCUGUUAACUUUAGACCCGAUGAGGUUGUUCCACCAUUAAACACGUUGGGAAAUAACUACGUAAUAAAUAUCUUAACGUGUAACAUUUCCCGAAUUUACAAGAAGGCCCAAUUAAUCAACAAUCUGUGGUAAAUAACGUUUCACAAAGUUUAUAAAGUUUCUCUUCACUCAGUAACUCUUAAAAUGGUGAUAUUUUUGAAUGGAGUCUGGUGAUAUUGAAGUUCACCCAAACAAAGACACACCAGCUGUAAACCGGCUUUAAUGAAACUCACACCCGUUCCUGAAGUAGUCUUUAGUUUGUUGUCAUUAAGAGUGAAAAAGCAUCUAAAAGGCAGUGACAUAAAAUAAAUGCAGGUAACACAACUUAAUGUACAAUUUCUGAAUAUUACGAAAACAUUUAUUUUAAUAAAAAUACAUAUUGGUGUUGAUUUUCA